UAUCUUGGUUUACGGUAUCAUCGAAAGGGAUUGCGGUUUUCUCCGACCUCACUCGUUCAAGUUUUAUAAUCGCCCGUCUUCUUUCUUAUUCUCACCUCUAUUGGUGCACUUAGAUCGUUGCUGAAGUCUGAAUCUCGUCUCUGUGGACCUACGAAAACCUCGAAGCGGCGAAAAUUUUGGAGGAUGGAUGAUCUUUUUGUGGCAAUUCUUUCUGUGUUUCUUAUCGUUGCACUGAUACCUCUAUAUCUAUGGAAGCGACGACAGGAUUCUGGCUCUUCUGAUGAUGUUCAAGAAGAACAACCACAGCAGGUUCGGCGGAGGGAAACUGUUGUGAGAGCUACUGGCGCAGCUCGUAGGAUGCGUAGAAGACCAGCCUCGGGUGCGAGCACUUCAUCUGCCCCGGUGGAAGAAACAAUUGAUGAGAGCGACGAGGAAGCAGAUGGAGGGGACUUUUAUAAUGGUAAAGCUCCAAAUAAAAAGGAGAAGAAACGACAAGAAAGGGAAGAACAAAGACAGGCUGACGAAGCUGCUCGUGAAUCAAGACAAUCAAAACAAAAUCGUUACGAUGAUAUACGGAGGAAGAAGGAUGAGGAGAGGGAGGCACAAGAAAGACAACUGGAAGAAGAAGCCAAGGCUCGUCAAGCCAAGGAGGAGGAAGCUGCUUCUCAGGAGUUUGAUCAAUGGAAAGGAGAAUUUUCAGUUGAUGCUGAAGGUACAACAGAAAAUGAAGUGCAAGAUGGAACACAGGGAUUGCUUUUUGACUUUGUGGAAUACAUUAAGAAACACAAAUGUGUUCCAUUGGAAGAUCUUGCUGCAGAAUUCAAGAUGCGAACACAGGAUUGUAUUAACAGGAUCACUUCUCUAGAGAAUAUGGGGCGAUUAUCUGGUGUGAUGGAUGACCGUGGAAAAUACAUUUACAUCUCCAUGGAAGAAAUGAAAGCUGUUGCAGAUUAUAUCAAGCGUCAGGGUAGAGUUAGCAUCUCACACUUAGCCGCUAAGUCGAACCAGUUCAUAGAUUUGGAACAGAAACCUCAGUUUGUUGAGAACAUAGAGGAGAUAACUACUGCUGCUUGACUUGAUCAAUGUAAGUACUCUGUAUAACAUGACAUAUGAUCAAAGAGGAGGGAACAGCUGGUUGGCUGUAUGAUGCUCUUUUUUUUGCCCUUUUCCUUUUUUGAAUACUACUUCCUUAUAUAUAUGGAUAAUACACUACUCAUAGAAAAAGUUGGUUCUGCAAAUGUCACAUAGGGAGUUGAUGUGUCAUGUGAAAACUGCCCAUAAGGUUUAGUUUACUGGAUGAAAUGAGAUGCAUGUAAUAGCUUGUUUGGAAUUAUGCACAUUUACUACAUUUUGUUGUCGUUAUCUGCUACUAACUAAUUCCAUUUGGAAUUAUAGAUGUUUUUACUCUUUAGUUG